AGUGGCCCUUCUGCGCGGGCAGUGUCUCCUUGGCGUCUCCGUACGCUCAUGUCUCAGGGCGUCAGCUGUGGGGGGCGCGGGACCAGGCCGGAGCCCCCCCUUUGGCUCGUUUCCGGUGCCCCGAGGGGGACUUCUGUGGUUGGGGGCGACCUCAAGCCAGCAAAAAUGGAAGAGCUGAGUCAGGCCCUGGCCAGUAGCUUUUCUGUGUCUCAAGAUCUGAACAGCACAGCGGCCCCACACCCCCGCCUGUCUCAGUACAAGUCCAAGUACAGUUCCUUGGAGCAAAGUGAGCGGCGGCGCCAGUUACUGGAACUGCAGAAAUCCAAGCGGCUGGAUUAUGUGAACCAUGCCCGGAGACUGGCUGAAGAUGACUGGACCGGGGUGGAGAGCGAGGAAGAGGAGGAGAGGAAGGGUGAUGAGGAAAUGGACAUCGACACUGGCAAGAAGUUACCAAAACGCUAUGCCAAUCAACUGAUGCUCUCGGAGUGGCUAAUUGAUGUCCCUUCAGAUCUGGGGCAGGAAUGGAUUGUGGUCGUGUGCCCCGUGGGGAAAAGAGCCCUUAUUGUGGCCUCCAGGGGCUCCACCAGUGCCUACACCAAGAGCGGCUACUGUGUCAACAGGUUUUCUUCCCUUCUGCCAGGAGGCAAUAGGCGGAACUCAACAACAGCAAAAGACUACACCAUUCUAGAUUGCAUCUACAGUGAGGUGAAGCAGACCUACUAUGUGCUGGAUGUGAUGUGUUGGCGGGGGCACCCGUUUUAUGACUGUCAGACUGAUUUCCGAUUCUACUGGAUGCAUUCAAAGUUACCAGAGGAAGAGGGACUUGGGGAGAAGACCAAACUCAAUCCCUUUAAAUUUGUGGGACUGAAGAAUUUCCCUUGUACCCCUGAGAGCCUGUGCAAAGUGCUGUCUAUGGAUUUCCCAUUCGAGGUGGAUGGACUUCUCUUCUACCACAAGCAGACCCACUACAGCCCCGGAAGCACCCCGUUGGUGGGCUGGCUGCGUCCCUACAUGGUAUCGGAUGUUCUUGGGGUGGCUGUGCCAGCUGGCCCACUGACCACCAAGCCAGAAUAUGCCGGCCACCAGCUCCAGCAGAUAAUUGAACACAAGAGGAUCCAGAAAGAGGGCGCGAAGGAGCAGCUGGCACACAAGACCUCGCAGAACGGACAUUAUGAACUAGAACACCUGUCCACCCCCAAGCUCAACACGUCCCCCCCCGGCCCCGACCACCCGGCCAGCCUCAUGGACAGUUAGAGAAGGCAGCUUCCUUUACGUGUCCCGGGAGGGAGCCUCACCCCCAGAAAGACUGGGGCCAAGGACCGUGAGAUGCCAAGAUGGCGACUCCGGCUGGAAACAGCCAUCCGGCGUGACAUGCAGGCUCCAGCAGCUGAGAUAAAGGGUAUCCCAGAUAGAAUGUAAAUAUAUGUCAUUCUU